CCACCGCGGCUCAGCGCCAUGACUGCCUUUCACGUGGUGGUGGCGGCGCUGCCCGAUGACGCUUCAGCAGACGCUUCCCCUGGUUCCCCCGCCCCUAAGAGUCGCGGCAUAGCCACGCUAAGACGGUAUUGCCGCAACAGGAAUGACGGUGAACACAGCUCUGUGUUUUAGAGGAAAGAAGAUCCUCGCUCCAAUGGUCAGAGUGGGAACAUUGCCUAUGCGUCUCCUUGCUCUGGACUUUGGUGCUGAUAUCGUGUACUGUGAGGAGCUGAUUGACAUAAAGAUGCUGCAGUGUAAGAGGGUUAUAAAUGAAGUACUUGAAACAGUGGACUUCGUUGCACCUAAUGAAAGAGUUGUUUUCAGAACCUGUGAAAGGGAGAGGCACUGUGUUGUCUUUCAGAUGGGUUCAGCAGAUGCUGAAAGAGCCCUAGCAGUAGCUAAACUUGUAGAGAAUGAUGUAGCUGGUAUUGAUAUCAACAUGGGAUGCCCAAAGGAAUAUUCUACUAAGGGAGGUAUGGGAGCAGCACUGCUAUCUGAUCCUGACAGAAUAGAGUCUAUACUGACUACCCUUGUUAAAGGAAUUUGUAAACCAGUAACCUGCAAAAUCCGCAUUUUGCCCUCAGUGGAGGAUACUGUGAAUCUGGUAAAGAGAAUAGAAAAAACUGGUGUUGCAGCCAUUGCAGUCCAUGGAAGGAAAUCUUUGGUCUUGUCUUUCUUUUGUUUGUUGGAAAGGAAGAAAGAGGAGAGGCCUCAGCACCCUGUCCACUGUGAUGUGAUCAAAGCCAUUUCUGAAGCAAUCUCCAUUCCAGUAAUAGCAAAUGGAGGAUCUCACGACUUUAUCAAAGAAUAUACGGAUAUUGAGACCUUCCAGAAAGCAACAGCUGCCUCAUCAGUAAUGAUAGCUCGUGCUGCCAUGUGGAACCCAUCUAUCUUCAGAAAAGAGGGUUUUGUUCCUUUGAAGGACGUAAUGCAAAAUUACAUCAAAUAUGCAGUGAGGUAUGAUAAUCACUAUACCAACACAAAGUACUGUUUGUGUCAGAUGUUAAGGGAACAGCUGGAAACUACUCAGGGUAAGAAGCUGCAUGCUGCGCAGUCCACACAGGAGAUCUGUGAAGCCUUUGAAAUGGCUGACUUCUAUGAAAAAUCAACAGCUAUUUUUGAAGCAAAGAAGACAUCUUCAGAAACUGAGAUCAAAGAUGAAGAUGACCAACUGGAAGAUCCAGAUGUAAUAAAAAUGGCUGUUAGGUUUGACAAGCGAGAAUAUCCACCACAGAUUACUCCAAAAAUGUAUCUUCUGGAAUGGUGUAGGAAAGAAAAGCAUCCUCAGCCUGUUUAUGAAACCGUUCAAAGACCACUAGACAGAUUAUUCUGUUCAGUAGUGACAGUAGCUGAGCAAAAGUACAGAUCAACUCUCUGGGACAAGUCAAAGAAACUAGCAGAACAGGCUGCAGCUAUUGUCUGCCUGAGAACAUUGGGUGUCCCAGAGGGAAAGCUGUGUGAGGGAGAAAAUCACCUGAUUAACAAACGCAAGAGGGAAGAUCAGGAGCACUUGAAUAACAGAGACCAUGGAGAAGAUAUUGCUGAGCCUUCCCAUAAGAAAGCUAAUUUUAUUGAAGAAAGUUCUGACAGGAAUGUGCCUAAGAUGCCACAGUAGCAUGAAGAAUAGUGGUUUCACACCUGGGCAGCUGCAAGUUAGCUCCUGUUUGUAUAUCUUGCUCUUGACAUUUCAUUUGGAUUCUCUUGGAGACAGAUAAAUUCUCCAGUUGUGAAAAAUGCCAAUGAGAUGUUUACUGCUCAACACUCAUAGUCUCUGUGGUGCCUUUCAGACACAAUAAAUUAGCAGCUUGAUUUUAAAGAACAUUGAGAAGAUUAUCCUAAAUAAUAAAUUUUUUUAAAAUA